AUGUCCGCCUCUGCAAUUCCUGAAGUCAAUGGCGGGCUCGAGAGUCAUGUCACGGUUCAGAAGCGAGCUUACUAUUCACCUCCUUGGGCCGAUGUCAGCAUUAUCGGCGUCGCGGGCAGCUCAGGUUCAGGCAAAUCGACCUUGUCCCAGGCGAUCGUCAAGAAGCUGAACCUACCCUGGGACUCUUUUUAUAAGACCUUGACACCUGAGCAGUCCAAACUGGCCUUCGCCAACGAAUAUGACUUCGACUCGCCUGACGCCAUCGAUUUCGAUAUUUUGGUCGAUAAGCUACGGGACCUCAAGGCUGGAAAACGGGCCGAAAUUCCCGUUUAUUCAUUCGCCAAACAUUCUCGAUUGGACCGUACAACAUCCAUCUACUCGCCUCAUGUACUUGUCCUAGAGGGUAUCUUUGCGCUUUACGACCCUCGAGUGCUUGAACUGCUUGAUAUGGGUAUCUAUUGUGAGGCAGAUGCAGAUACAUGCCUGUCAAGGAGACUUGUCCGUGAUGUGCGGGAGCGUGGGCGAGAUAUCGAGGGCAUCAUCAAGCAGUGGUUUGGAUUCGUCAAGCCAAACUUUGAGAAGUUCGUCGAGCCCCAACGGAAAGUUGCUGAUUUGAUCGUACCGCGAGGAAUUGAGAACAGAGUUGCCCUUGAAAUGAUGGUUCAGUUUGUCGAGAAGAAGCUGUUCGAGAAGUCAAGACAUCACCGAGAGGCUCUGUCCCGUCUGGAAGCAGCAAGUAAGGAUUCGCCGCUUUCUGAACGGGUCGUGGUCUUGGAUGAUACACGACAGCUCAAAUUCAUGAACACCAUCCUUCAGGAUAUUGACACAGAUCCUGAGGACUUCAUAUUCUACUUUGACAGGCUUGCAAGUCUGAUUAUUGAACAGGCCCUCAACAAUGCCCAUUUCGAAGCCAAGAAUAUUGUAACACCCCAGGGAUACGAAUACAAGGGUCUUGUAUCAACGGGUGAGGUCUGCGCCGUUAUUGUACUCCGUGGAGGAUCCGCGUUUGAGCCGGCGCUUCGAAAGACUAUUCCCGAUUGCCGAACGGGCCGUCUUCUUAUCCAAUCCGACUAUUCCACGGGAGAGCCGGAACUUCAUUACUUGCGACUACCUGACGAUAUUGCAGACCAAGAAAGUGUCCUUCUUCUGGACACCCAGAUGGCUACUGGAGGUGCCGCGUUGAUGGCGGUGCAAGUCCUGGUCGAUCACGGCGUGAAACAGGAUCGUAUCGUUCUAGCAACAUACUCGGCCGGCAAGGUUGGACUUCACAGAUUGACAUCCGUUUUCCCAGAGAUUACAGUCGUGGUUUGCAACAUGCUCGACUACCAACAAGAACGAUGGGUCGAGAAGAGGUAUUUCCGCUGCUGA